CUCCUUUAUUAGAUAGGAAAGAUUUUUCCAAACUUAACAUAUUUUUUAAUCAUAAUACUAUUAACUAAAUAAAAGGUAAUGAUCAACCUAAUGAUAUUGUACAAUUAUGUAAAAAGUACUCUAAGGUCUUUGACAAUAAUCUAGGAACUUUUUCAAAACACAAAAUCACACUUUUUGUUGAAAAAGAUUGUAUCCCAAAAUUUUACAAGCCUAGAUUUGUACCUUUUGCUUUAAAAAAUAAAGUAGAAUUAGAAAUUAAUAGAUUGAUUAAUAUGGGUGUUUUGACUCCUGUUGAACAUUCCAACUGGGCAACUCCCAUUGUUCCUGUCCUUAAACCUGAUAAUACUGUCCGUAUAUGUGGUGAUUUCAGAGUAACUCUUAAUCCAGUCCUUCAAGGUAUCCAGCACCCAUUACCUAAAAUAGAUCAUUUGUUUGCCAAACAUUGUAAUAGUGUCUAUUUUAGUAAGAUAGAUCUUAAAGAUGCCUAUGCUCAAUUAUGUUUAUCUGAAGAAUCACAAAAAUUAGUAGUAAUUAACACACACAUGGGUCUUUUUGCUUAUACAAGAUUACCAUAUGGAAUAAAUUGUGCAGCUAGUACAUUCCAACGUGUAUUAGAACAAACGAUAGGUGAUAUGGAAGGAGUUACCAUAUUUCAAAAUGAUAUAUCUAUAUCAGGUAAAACAAGAACAGAACAUAACAAAAAGUUAGAGUCAGUGUUAUCUAAGCUUUUGGAUGCAGGACUUAAAGUCAAGAUUGAAUAA